AUUAGAGUCGCAAAACGAAGAAGAAAGAAACAAUGGAGUCUCCCAAAUCUAACAUGGACGAUGGCUACCAAAACAUCUUCGUCAUGCGUCACGGUGAUCGAAUCGACAAUUUCGAGCCACUCUGGGUUUCAACCGCCGAGAGACCUUGGGAUCCACCUCUCGUUCAAGACGGUAUGAUUCGAGCUUUUCGUACCGGUCAAAGGAUCCGAUCUCAGAUCGGGUUUCCGAUUCACCGUGUCUUCGUCUCCCCUUUCCUCCGAUGUCUCCAGACAGCUUCCGAAGUCGUCGCAGCUAUUUCUGCCGUCAAUGUCGAUCCUAACGCUAUGUCUUCCAAAGACGUCCCUUCCAUUGAUAAAUCUAAGCUCAAGGUUUCUAUUGAAUUAGGUUUAUGUGAGAUGCUGAACUCAGUGGCUAUAAGGCGUGAGCUUGCUCCUAAAGAUGGGAAAUUUGACUUCACAAUUUCAGAUAUUGAAACUAUGUUUCCUGAGGGAAUGGUGGAUCAUAAUGUCGAUAUGGUUUAUAAAGAGUUGCCAAAAUGGGAAGAGUCUGUCGAAGGUUGCAGAGAUCGAUAUGUGAAAGUUGUAAAGGCUCUUGCUGAUAAGUAUCCUUCAGAGAACUUGCUCUUAGUCACCCAUGGGGAAGGAGUUGGAACUACAUUUUCGACAUUCUAUAAAGAUACAACAGUGUACGAAGUAGACUACUGUGCUUAUGUUGAAAUGAGAAGAGAAGUCUCAAGUAAAGAUGGGUCUGUUAAAGCUGGGGACUAUGAGGUGGUUUUGAGUCAUGGUCAAGCUGGAAUCAGGUUUAGUCAUGAUCCUGUCAGUUAUGAACCUGUCAUAAGCCAUUCACCGGUUUAGUCAAUUGUCUUCAGUGUCCUCUGUUUCUGUACUUUUGAUUGUAUUUGAACUGCUUUUGUAUGAAU